GCUAGCGACACGAAACUUUCACGGACACUAACUACCGCAUAUUAUAGUUUAUAAUUUAGCCUACUUACUUGGAAAGUACACAAGAGAUAAUUUACUAUUCUCACAAAGAGCAAAAGCAGGAAUGGAUAAUCGUAACGGUCGAACUACAUGCCUCUCAGAUAGCAAUCAUGAGGUUGAGGAUGCCAGAAACAUUCAACGCCACUUCUUCGGCUGUCUCGAAUUCAGAAAUCAAGAGGAAUUUCUAAACAAUGAAGAAUAUUGGAGGGGUCUAGCAAGUCCUGGAGAGGGAAACAGGAACCGUGAAGAUGAUGGUCCAGAAGAAUGGGAGAGAUUGAGAUAUACUACUGCUCUGGGUUUAGAAGAAGAGUUCAAAAGGAUAGACACCUUGCGCGAAAGGAUUAGGGACUCAACGAAUAAUGUUGAAGAGAGUAGCAAAAAGUGGCGAGAAUCCAGGGCUUAUCACGAUUCCCUACCUCAGGUCUCAGAAUGGAGACAGACCAAUAGGAAGAAGAUUGGGACUAAAAUGGGCGCAGUCCGAACAAGGCUACGUGGAAUAAUCGAUGCUUACCUUACGACUGUUUCAUCUGUAGAGAAGGAGAAGAAAAAUGACCAGGACCAGGAUCAGAACAACCCUUCACGCAACUUCAGAAAUGAUAUCAAGGCACAGUUCAUAGAGUUCCAAAGACCGCACUCCGACUCCAAUAAGAAUGUUAACGAAGAAAAGACUGCUGUGAUGAAGCCUUAUGACGAACCCGUACAUGAAGGCAUAUUCACAGGACAAUUUCUGGACCAACAGCUCUCACUUGAAAGCCUAUUGAGGACAAUUUUCACGAGACAAAACCCUUGGAGUGGCUCAAACAACCUCAAGGGUGAUUGCUCUCCAGGAAUUCUGCGAUAUUUCCACAUACCAUAUAACAAUAUGUUUUGGAUGCAGGAAGCGAUGUCAACGUAUUUCAGAGAAAGUGAUAAAGGGGAACUUCGAGCAGCUAUAGUAUUACAGCACGAGCGCUGGAGAGGUCAGGAGGGCAGUACUGAGAACGGAAACAUCGCUCAUUCACGCCACCUUAGGCCACUCUGCGAAAGGUUUUCCACAGAUUACUCUGAAGACAAAGAUAACAAAAGUAGUAAUAUGGUUCUAUUUAUGCCAUAUCUUCACUGGGAGACAGACCGAAGUCGAUCCAGGAUGUCCAAUGUUAUAGAAAGAAAGAUCAUCGAAAAAGAACAUCUUAAGAAACAUAAGCUGGAGGAAGAUAAAAUCAACAGAAGAGACAAAAGAGAGGGGCUACCUGAAUCAUUAUUCGCGCCAGUAACACAUGAAGAUCCAGACUGUUACAAUCCAAUUCUAAAGGCCGAUACAACGUCUCGUAGCAUAGAAGAUAUUCUAUGGCAGCAAAUAGUCGAGUCGGGGCGCUGUAAGAAGCUGGUAAACAGCAUCACCAUGGGAGUUGAGCUAGAAAGUUACCAACGCAUUAAACCCAAGAAUGAACUGGCUCAAUAUCUCCUUAACUCGGCAAGAUUGUUUGAAGAAAUGGUUACAUUUCAAGAUGGAGAACUCAUGGAAUCCAAUUUAUUCGCCGAUCCCCCACUUCACCCAAGACGGUCGUUAGAUCAAGCCUACUUCAGAAAGCUAAGGACCACAGAGUCUCGAGACAGAGAUCAGGUUGUCUAUCGCUCAACCCGAGCCGAGUUCUUGCAUAAAUUUCGACCAUCGAAAGAGCACCAAUUCUCUCAAAGCGGCAACUGGAAAUGGACUGGCCACGGCCAACACGAGGACAACUUUGGCUGCGAUCAAUGCACCGAAGACAUUAGCAAAGUACCUCGAGCGGUCAUGGUCGAUCAGCUUUGGAUGUGGAUCUUAGACCGGGAUACUAUAUUGACCUGCUUUCCACAGCGGUACGGAGUUCGACAAAUUGAUCCAUCGGGGGUACACCAGUCAAUUCGGAUUCGUCUAAAGGAUCAAUCUAACCCGAGGAAUCAUGUUCGGACCAUUUUCGAUCUUGGACUAAUCAUUUUAGAAGAGUGCUUUCAGGUUUUCUUUAAUAGGGUCCAGAAAACAGACAAACAACCCAUUGUACUAGACAUAUUUGCCGAGUCUAUCGGAAAUAUAACAAAUCAACAGAGUCUCUUACUCAAACGCUUAUGGCAAUUAGUUCAGAGCCUGACCAAAGCAUACCAGUCCGUUAUCGGCGAAGAUAUACCUGCAUCACUAAUCCUUUCACUCCUGGAUAUUACGCGAGAAGGCCAGCUCCAGCAGGAGGCUAAGGAUAUUAUUGAUGAACUGGAUAUCAUGAUAUAUAUUGUGCUGCAGCAAAAAGAGAUGGUUACUAGGUUCAGUCAACUGGCUCUAGAAAUCAUGCCCAAGAAACGCACAUCGUUUAAAAAGAGGUCUAAAAGUCUUCUUUCUAAGAUAUCAGAUCGUAUUGCAGAAUUGGAAGGACUAAAAAAGAGUGCCCAGAGCGCCGCCCGAAGCGUCAACGAUCUACUGGCCCUCAAACAGCAGCAAGUUGGUGUAGUCCAAUCGUUCCAAUCCGUAAGGCAAGGUCAAGAGACGGUAGUCCAAGGACGGGCCAUUAUGCUGUUUACAGUCGUGACAAUAAUUUUCCUACCUAUGUCAUUUAUGACAAGUCUAUUUGGGAUGAACGCCGUCGAACUCACUGGGAGUAAUACUUCUAGCCACAACGAUGACUCGACAGGCCCCGUACCGCCAGACUGGACAAUGACUAACUUCUGGCCUACCACAUUUCUGUCUCAACUAACAAUUUUGUUGUCGGUAUCUGGCGUCUGCAUAUUUGUGGCGGUAUCACUGGCGUUCAGCCCAGGAGUCAGGCUGCUUAUACGGUACACGCUAAGAUACGCACGAACGUUGAUUAACGUGAAGCUGGGAUUGUACAGACUCUCGUUGAAAACGAAUCUAAGCAUUACAGGUUUGAGCGAGAAACUUGCAAAAACCGCCCAGGACAUGAAGGAAAUGUCCUUAAAGAACCUUCAAACGAGAAAUCUUCAAGAUUCGUAUCUCCACAACGGGGCUGCGAACAGUAGCUCCGAGAGAGCUAGGGGAGAAGGUGAGGAAAUAUCGUUAACAUCCUUACCUCCCACUUCCAUUGUCAAUAGUACGACAUCCAGAGGAGCACUUCGCCCCUUCGGAAGAAGGCGACGCAAUGAACCAGAUCCAGAGUCAGGUCUAGACGAUUCACAAAGUUCAAGCAUGCGCAACUAAAGAGAGAUAUAUUAAAAGCAUUUUACUCGGAAUUCAUAUGAAGUGUAUCCGCAUCAUGCGAAGGAUUGAUAGCUACCUCUACUUGAUAAAUUCACU